UAUACAUACAAUGAUGAUAGGAAUUAAGCUAGCUAGCUAGUUGGCAAAAUCUCUUUUGUAGAUACUCCUCUUUCUCUGGCAUCCAAUUAGAAUCCCCUCUCCCUUUCAAUCUACUUAUAGGGACCAAACUCUCUCUCCCCCCCCCUGUCCCCCAUGCAUGUAAUACUGUUCUUUCUUAUCCCCAAAAUAAAUACUCACUAAUCCUUCCCCUCCUCCCAAUCCUCUCCAUCAUUCUCACUCCCACUCAAGGAAAUACCAACAUAUAUAAAACCUAAUUACUCUCUCUCUCUCUCUCCAAAAUAGUAAGAGAGAUGAGCCAGUGUGUUCCAAGCUGGGAGGUCGAUGAGAACCCAUCCCCUCCAAGGCUCAGUAGUACUCUCCGUCCUCACUCCAACUCCAAUUCCAUUCCCCCUGAUGUCAUUCCUAUGUUAGACUAUGAAGUGGCAGAAUUAACAUGGGAAAAUGGGCAGCUAGCAAUGCACGGGCUAGGCCCCCCGCGCGUGCCUACCAAGUACCCGAAUUGGGAUAAGCCACGCGCCGGAGGAACAUUGGAGUCCAUAGUUAACCCAGUCACCUACCUGCCCCAAGGCAAAUCCGGGAGCGUAGACGAGCUAGUGCCGUGGUUCGACCACCACCGCCCUGCUGCAUCUUCCGCCUCCGCCACGAUGACGAUGGAUGCUCUCGUGCCCUGCUCCACCACCUCUGGAGAAGGAGGUAGUGCAGGACAGAGAACCGCGUCCGCGUGGACGCAUGUGAUGGACGGGUUGGGCAAGCACGUGGUGGGAUGCUCCACGCGAGUGGGAUCGUGCAGCGAGGCCAAGACCUGUGACGACGAAGUGCUGCUUAAGCGUGCGAGGGUGGCACAUACGCAGGUGGCGGCGCAGGAGUGGAGCUGCAGCAGGGAUAACAACAGCGUGGAUGGGAGCGCCGCUUGUGGGAGGGAGAGCUGGCAGUUGACGCUAGACACCUGCGAUAGGGAAUUGGGUACUGUGGGCGGGUUCACCACUACUUCAAUGGAGUCGCUUGGAAACACCACCAGCUCCGCCUUGCAGAGCACCAAAGCCACCACAACCGCUACCACCGACGACCAUGACUCCGUUGGUCACAGUAGAUUCCAGAAGAGAAAAGCAGGGGACGCGCAAGAAAAGAAAAAAGGAGGUGGGAAAUCAUCCAUCUCGACUAAAAGGAGUAGGGCAGCUGCCAUCCAUAAUCAAUCUGAACGCAAAAGAAGAGAUAAGAUCAACCAAAGGAUGAAGACGUUGCAGAAGCUGGUCCCAAAUUCCAGUAAGACCGAUAAAGCUUCAAUGCUCGAUGAGGUUAUAGAAUAUCUGAAACAGCUACAGGCUCAAAUUAGCAUGAUGAGUAGAAUGAACAUGUCGUCCAUGAUGCUGCCUAUGACCACAUUGCAACAACAGCUCCAGUUGUCUAUGAUGGCUGCCGCUCCACUCGGGAUGGGAAUGGGCAUGGGGAUGGGCUGCAUGGACAUCAACACCCUCGGCCGGCACAACAUCCCCGGAAUUCCCCCUGUUCUCCACCCGGCGGCCACCGCUUUCGUGCCUAUAACUUCGUGGGAUGGCACGGCCGGCAAUGAUCGGUUGCCUCCUCCAGCCGGAGUAAUUCCGGAUCCCAUGUCUGCAUUCCUUGCAUGCCAGUCGUCGCAGCCCAUGAGCAUGGAUGCUUACAGCAGAAUGGCAGCAUUGUAUCAUCAGCAAAUGCAUCAAACUCCACCUUCCGGUACUAAGAACUAAUUAAGGAGAGGAUUAUGCAAAUCAAAUCCCUUCUCUAUUUUCUUAAUUAUUCAAAUUAAUGUUCUUAUGACCAAUUAAGGAGAAACAUAUAAUUGAUUUGGAAUCAUACAUGGACCCACAAUGAUAUUGCAUAUACUACUUGCACGA